AUGAAGGCUGCUGGCAGGCAGAAGCUGGACCAGAGAGCCUUUCUGGAGCAGGUGCAUGAAUGCAGGGACAAGGGCUACCUGCUGUCCUUCAAGAAGAUUGGCUCUGGGGCCUUCUCCAAAGUCUACCUGGCCUACGCCACGCAGGAGCGCAUGCAGCACAACUCCAAGCUGGCCUCUGACCUGCGGGGCAAGCGCCACUCCAUGGUGGCUAUCAAGAUCGUCUCCACCGCGGAGGCCCCUGUGGAGUUCUCCCGCAAGUUCCUGCCCCGUGAGAUUUCAUCACUCAAUGCUACCUACAAGCACCUGAACGUGGUGCAGCUGUAUGAGACCUUCGAGAACAGCCGGCGCACCUACUUGGUGCUGGAGCUGGCGGCCCGCGGCGACCUGCUGGAGCACAUCAAUGCCGUGUCCGCUCACCGCCGCUGCCCGGGACUGGAGGAGGAGGAGGCCCGCAGGCUGUUGUGGCAGCUGGUCAGUGCCGUGGCGCACUGCCACAACUCAGGCAUCGUGCACCGGGACUUGAAGUGUGAGAACAUCCUGCUAGAUGACAGAGGCUGCCUAAAGCUGAGUGAUUUUGGCUUUGCCCAUCAGUCCGGGUUCAAGAACACAUUGCUGAGCACCUUCUGCGGCUCUAUGGCCUACACAGCCCCAGAGAUCCUCAUGAGCAAGAAGUACAAUGGGGAGCAGGCUGACCUGUGGAGCCUAGGUGUCAUCCUCUACGCCAUGGUGACUGGGAAACUGCCCUUCAAGGAGCGCCAGCCCCACCGAAUGCUCUACCUGAUGCGCUGUGGCCCUGCCUUCCGGCCAGGCCUGUCCCCAGAGUGCCAGGACCUGAUCCGAGGCUUGCUCCAGCUGCGCCCGCGAGCUCGCCUGGGCCUGCAGCAGGUGGCCACCCACCACUGGAUGCUGCCCGCUGCACAUGCGCUUCUCUGCAUCACGCCCAGCACUAUACCAGAAAAACCAGAGAAGCCCCAGCUCCGAACGUCCCCGGACAAUGUGGAGACCAACACGAACUCCGAUCCCCCAAGGUUGCUCCUGCAACUGUGGCGACCCCAGCUACAGGGCACCUCUCAUGAGAGUGUCUCUGGUCUGGCGCCUGAGCCCCUAGGGGUUUGCCUGAGACAAGGUGCAGACUCUGCUAGGUUUGAGCUCUGGAGCAUGGAGACGGCCGGUCACGGGGUGGGUCGCUCCAGGCAUCCACCGUUGCUAUGCUUCAUCCGGAGCGUGCCUGGGCACUACCUGGUUAGCUGA